AUCCAUAUAACUGUAUAUUUGUUUUAAGCCUCAGCUUACGCACACAUUCAUAAAUAUAUACAUUCAUACAUAUGUAUUUUUGUAUGUAAACGUUUCAUAACUAGCGCAGUCAGCAGCAGCACUGUGUUGAUUGUGCUGAUAUUGUUUGUGCGUGCAUGUGUGUGUUAGUAAUAACAAUAAAGAAGCCCAGCAUCACCGUCCGAUAUCAAGAGUGAGCAGCAUAGAGAGAGAUCGUGAGCGAGAGGUAGCUAGUUAGCAGCUAAAGUUCAUAUUGCAGUGUUAAAAGUUUUGCAAGUGCAACUCAGUGUAUGCGUAUACAUGUGCAUGUGUGUGUGUGUGUGCGUGUGUGUGGGAGAGCACAAGAAAAGAGAGACCAAAAAUUGCAAGCAAAUAGCGGCCGGCUGUCAAUGUUGUUGUUACUGUUGCUGCGAUCGCAACGCAGCUGUAACAACAGCAACAACUAAAGGUGUUUGCGUGUGUGAAAGCAUAGGCCGGCAAGAAGAAGCAGCAGCAGCAACGGCAGAAGAAGAAAAAGUGCUAAGAUAAAGAGUUGAACAAGCAAACAACAACAGCAACAAAAAAAAAGCAAACAAGCAACAUCAGCAGUUUCGUCUGCUUGCCACUACCAAAGUGCUACAAAGUGCGGCCGCCGCAGCAGCGCAGUAGAGCAGUAGCAUCGCCUCACAAUGAAUUCCGAGCAUGGAUUCAAUCCAGCCUUCAAUAUGGCCACCAUACGCCAGGCAUUCACAGAGGCCGUCGAACGAGUGAGAAUGCCGACGCCCACACGACUGCGUGAUCUUAUACGGCAGAUACGAGCUGCCCGAACGGCAGCCGAGGAGCGAGCUGUGGUGAACAAAGAGUGCGCCUACAUACGCAGCACAUUCCGUGAGGAGGACUCCGUCUGGCGUUGUCGGAACAUUGCCAAGCUGCUGUACAUACACAUGCUUGGCUAUCCGGCGCAUUUUGGCCAACUCGAGUGUCUCAAGCUGACGGCGAGCACGCGUUUCACAGAUAAGCGAAUUGGUUACUUGGGCGCCAUGUUGCUGCUGGACGAACGUCAGGAUGUCCACUUGCUGAUCACGAACUGCUUGAAAAAUGAUCUGAACAGUUCGACACAGUUUGUGGUUGGACUGGCGCUGUGUACGCUGGGAGCGAUUGCAUCGCCGGAGAUGGCGCGUGAUCUGGCCAGCGAAGUCGAGCGAUUGAUGAAAUCGCCCAAUACGUACAUACGCAAAAAGGCGACACUUUGUGCAUUCCGUGUCAUUCGACGUGUGCCCGAGCUGAUGGAGAUCUUUUUGCCAGCGACACGUUCGCUGCUCAGUGAGAAGAAUCACGGCAUACUGAUAACCGGCGUUACGCUGAUUACGGAAAUGUGCGAGAACAGCUCGGAUACGUUGAUGCAUUUCAAAAAGAUUGUGCCGAAUCUGGUGCGCAUCCUGAAGAGCCUUAUCCUGGGCGGCUAUUCACCGGAGCACGAUGUCAGCGGCGUCAGCGAUCCGUUCCUGCAGGUGAAAAUCCUUCGCUUGUUGCGCAUUCUCGGCCACAAUGAUCCGGAUGCCUCCGAGGCGAUGAACGAUAUAUUGGCGCAGGUGGCCACGAACACGGAGACCAGCAAAAAUGUGGGCAACACCAUUCUCUAUGAGACGGUGCUCUCCAUUAUGGAUAUACGCUCGGAGGGCGGUCUGCGUGUGCUGGCUGUGAACAUUCUGGGUCGCUUUCUACUCAACUCGGACAAGAACAUCCGUUAUGUGGCCCUCAACACACUGCUGCGAACAGUGCACGCGGACACAUCGGCUGUGCAACGUCAUCGUACAACCAUUUUGGAGUGCCUCAAGGAUCCGGAUGUCUCGAUACGACGCCGGGCAAUGGAACUAUCGUUUGCACUGAUCAAUGCACAAAACAUACGUACAAUGACCAAGGAGCUGCUGCUGUUCCUCGAGAAGGCCGAUGCCGAAUUCAAGGCCCAAUGCAGUUCGGGCAUGAUCUUGGCCGCCGAACGUUAUUCGCCGAAUUCACGUUGGCAUCUGGACACCCAGUUGAGUGUGCUGAUAGCGGCUGGCAAUUAUGUGCGCGACGAUGUUGUCUCAUCCACCAUACAGCUGGUGUCGAGCAGUCCGGUGCCGGAGCAAACAUAUAUCACGAAUCGCUUCUGGGAAUCGCUGCAGGUGGCCAAUCAUUGUGAAGAUAAGCAGCCGCUGCUGCAGGUUGCCGUUUGGGCCAUAGGCGAAUACGGUGAUCUGUUUAUGUACGGCGCCAAUGAGGAUGAGUUUGAACGUCCCACGGAGAGCGAUCUGAUCGCUGUGUAUCAUAAGUUUUUAACCUCUGCUCAAGUGUCGACCACAAGCAAGCAAUAUGCGCUCGUCUCCUUGGCCAAGCUGAGCACGCGCCUCCAGCAAUGCGUGGAAGAAAUCCAGGCAUUGAUUACCUCGUUUGGCAGCCAUCUGAAUGUGGAUCUGCAGCAGCGUGGCGUUGAGUUUACGCAACUCUUUGGCAGCUAUAAGCAUUUGCGUCCACCGCUGCUGGAGAAGAUGCCCGCCAUGCAGAUCAGUCGCAUCAGUUCGCAGAAUGGCGAAAGCGGCGGCUCCUUCGAUGACAACAGUCCCGAUGUCAUCGAGAAUGGCAUCGAGAUUGGCGGCAGUGGCGCACAUCCGUUAAUCGAAAGCAAUAUGAAUACCAUGGGUGACAAUACGAACAUUCUAUUGGAUUUGUUGGGCAGCACAGAUCUGUCGGCGGGUGGCCCAAGCGAUUUGGCCAUGGCCACAGAUCUAUCGAAUGCGGUGCAUAAAAAGAAUACACGCAAUGCCAACAAUGAGACGCCGUCCACCAACAAUCAGGAUCUACUCGAUUUGCUCGAUCUGGAUAUGUCGACACCAUCGACAACAACGUCCGUUAUGGGCACCACGGAUCUGGGCAAUGUCAACAAUAUGAUGAACCUGCGUGGCAUCGAUUUAAAUAUGGGCUUUGGUGGUGGCGGUGGCGUCGGCAGCGGCGUUGGUCUUGGUGCCAUCGAUGCCAUGGCCAGCAGCAUACCCACAAAUGGCAACGAUUUGGCUAGUAUGUUGGGCGGCCUCGGUGCGCCGGCUAAUAAUGCUGUGCUGCCGUCGCUCGGUGACGAUAAUUUGCUCGGCGAACUAAAUGCCACAACGACGACAACCAACAAUGUGACAGUGCCUCCGCAGGGUCCCAAGUUGACGGCCCUGGACAAGAAUGGACUGCUGGUGCAGUUGGUGCCGUUGAGGGGCAGCGAUUGCAUGAAGAUAUUUAUGACAACCACAAAUAGCUCAGACAAUACAUUGGAGCAGUAUUUGCUAAAGGCGGCGGUGCAGAAGAGUUUCGAGCUGCAAAUGCUGCCGCCAUCGGGUUCGGUGCUGCCGCCGGGUGGCGUUAUAACGCAGGAAAUGCGCGUCGUCGCCACAUCGAAUGCGGUACUGCGCAUGCGUUUGCGCAUUCAAUACACGCUCGAUGGCCAGCAGCUGGUGGAGCAGACGGAGGUUAGCGGUUUUCCGGAUCAGCAGCCGCCUAUUGAAUAAGCAACGUGUAUUAUCGCAAGUGUGUUAGCUUAAAGACCACACACACACACAAACACGCGGACACCCACACACACACAGUGACAGAGUAGAGCACAGCUAAAUACAGAGAGGUUGCCACACGCAUAUAUAUAUUGUAAAAUAAGUUAACACAGUGAACCACAAGCACACACAUACCACCCACACACACAAUCGCGCCCAUUUAUUCACACACAGGAUAAGAAAGCAGCCGCAGCAACAGCAGCUACAACCUACGAAGUUCAUCUCUUCACUUGUCACCAAGGAUAUAAUUCUCUUCUCAUUCAGCUAACUCAUGUAACAUCUUCAGACUGCUCUUCUGCCUCCGUUAAUUGAGCCAUCUUCAAUCGAUUAAAAGCGAAUAUACUAUGGGAAUGUGUGAACCUGAAUGAUGAGUAUAAUGCGAUUUGAAAACCAUUUUUUUUUUACUCUAGUACCAAUUAUAUAUUUAUAAUUUCUACAUGUGUGUGUACGUGUAAAAGCUCUAUCAACAGUUCUUUAUUUGUUCUUGUCAAAACUAUCGUUUAUCUUUUUUAGAGUCUGCAAUUCUUAUUUAAUAUUCUACUAUUACUGCUUUAACAACAACUACAACUACUUCUAUUAUUAUUAUUAUUAAUAUUAUAUGCUAUUAUUAUGGUUAUUAUGAUUUUUUGCCUUUAUUUUCCGUGUGUGUAAACCGUUCUGUGUAAAAGACAACAAUUCAGUUUUAAUAUAAGACAAUAAAGUCAUUUGAAAGCGUCAAGCCACAUAAUAAUAAUAAUACAUUAUAUAGCCACUACACUACAAUUGUAAAUUGCAACAAUUACCAAGACAACAUCAACAACAACAAACACAACAUGAAUGUGACAAAAAAAACAAAAAUUGUGUAUACUUAGCAAAAAAAAAAAAAAAAAAAAAAACUGAAGAAAAAAAAAGGCAGCGCAUUUAUUUCAAGCUUAGCAUUUUUCAGAAACAAAAAAAAGAAAAGUCAAGAGCAGAGAGCUGAUCGAUAAUAAAAGAGUCAAUGGUAUAUCGAUCGAUCGAGCGCUUGCUUAGCGCAUAGUUAUUAUUAUUAUUACAAUUCUUAUAUAUAUAUAUAUAGAUGAAACUUAAUUUUUGUUAUAUAUGUAUGUAUGUGUAAUAUGUAUUAAGCUCGUAUGAAUUUUUUUUUUUUUGGGUUUGUAACCAACUAAGAAGAAGGCUCUUAAACGGCAGGCUGCACAUUGUGACGUCACAUAAUGGAAGUCUGGCGACUGCCCUUACACACACACACACACACACACACAGACACAGACACAUAAACACACAUAUAGAUACAUGCAAAAUGCAAUUUGCAAUUGCAAUUGCAAUUUUAAAAAAAGCUCAGCACACCGUGUGGCCUACAUUUCCACAUUCUAAUAACCGAUAAAUUGUUAUUUCCUGUGCGCACGUACUUAAAAAAUUAAAAAUUAUAUUACAACAAAUAAAUUCAACAGAGAAUGAAACUGCACGAGCAGAAAGCACUGUGGAAAAACUAGAUAAUUAUAAUAUACAUAUAUAAAUAUAACAAAAAUAUACAGAAAUGAAAUUAAAAAAAAAAGAGAAAACCACAACAAAUACUAUAUAUAUACAUAA